AUGUCUGGGGCUAGCGGAUGGAGAGAAGGCAGCAGGUACAGGGUGGCUGCUUCUUCCAGUACCCCAUUUUCUUCUCAGAGUCACCUCUGGGAUGGCAACAAUAAAAGACAGGAGGCUGAAAACUCUCAGAAGCUGACGUCUGAAAAGGGGCAAAGCAGACAAGUGUCAGCCUGCCAAGGACAGCAGGAGAAGUAUGUUGGCCCGUAUGUCUUGGUAACUCCAAACAAAACCAGAAGAAACCAGUUGCAACAAAUUGCUAAGAAAGAGCUGGAUGACCGGGAGCAAUGGAAGAAACAGCACAGACCAGGGCCAAUUAAGUUGGUUCCACAGAGACUGGGUGGAAAGGAAUCAGAGUAUCAAGCAAGGCAAAAACAGCAAAUGAUGCUCAUGCAAUCUAAAUACCAACAAAAGCAAAAGAGAGAAGAAUAUGUAAAAGCAAAAAAGGCAGCUGAAGAAGCUGAAAUUCUGAAAAAGAAAGCAAUUCAGAGAGAAAAGGCAGAGAGACUUGAAAAGAAAAAAAGACAACAAGAAAUGGAAAGAAGAGAGAUGUUCUUUGAAGAUCAAUAUCGCAAAACCAAUGAAUUAUUGAACAGAUUGGACUUCGUUUUGCCAAAGAGUGAUGCCUGUCACAUUGCUGAUUAUGGCCCAGAAUCUACAGCAUGGAGUAGAAGCCAUGCUUAUAAGCAAACUCUUCGAGAGGAUGAAACCAGAAGAUUAGAGGAAAUGAAGCAAGAACAACGGAGAAAGGCUGAACUAAUGGAACUUAAGCAAAAGCAGGAAGAAGAAGCCAGAACAAGAGCACAUCAAAAUGAACAGAGAAGGGUAAAUAAUGCUUUCCUGGACCGACUCCAAAACAAAACACAACCUAAUAGCUUCUACCAACCUGGAUAUUCUGCAAGUCUGGACUACCUCAGUAAUGGUGCCUGGGUAAGUUUUUGG